AUGGAUGGGCCUGGUGGAAUCAGGAAAAUCAGCUCUCACUGUUCGAUCUCUGAGAUGGACGACUUUGAUCUCUCUCGGUUGCUUGACAAGCCGAGGCUAAACAUAGAGAGACAGAGAUCAUUCGACGAGAGGUCCCUUAGUGAACUGUCUGUUGGUUUUGCAAGGGCGGGAUUGGAUAACUAUGACAAUUGCUCGCCUGGAGGAAGAUCUGGUUUUAAUACACCUGCUUCAUCUACUCGGAACUCGUUUGAGCCUCAUCCAAUGGUUGCCGAUGCUUGGGAAUCUCUUCGAAAAUCUUUAGUCUAUUUCAAAGGCCAACCUGUCGGCACAAUUGCAGCUGUGGAUCAUCAGUCUGAGGAAGUUCUAAAUUAUGACCAGGUUUUUGUUCGAGAUUUUGUUCCAAGUGCUCUAGCCUUUUUGAUGAAUGGUGAACCAGACAUAGUAAAGAACUUCUUAUUAAAGACACUGCAUCUUCAAGGGUGGGAAAAAAGAGUAGAUCGAUUUAAGCUUGGGGAAGGUGUGAUGCCAGCUAGUUUCAAAGUCCUUCAUGAUGCAGUUAGGAAAACAGAUACUCUUAUUGCAGAUUUUGGUGAAAGUGCAAUUGGAAGAGUAGCUCCUGUUGACUCUGGAUUCUGGUGGAUCAUUUUACUUCGUGCUUACACAAAAUCUACUGGGGAUUUAACUCUAUCUGAAUCCGAUAGUUGUCAAAAAGGAAUGAAACUUAUAUUGACUCUAUGCCUUUCAGAGGGGUUUGACACAUUCCCAACUUUGCUUUGUGCUGAUGGAUGCAGCAUGAUUGAUCGAAGAAUGGGUGUUUAUGGAUAUCCUAUAGAGAUUCAGGCACUUUUCUUCAUGGCAUUGAGAUGCGCUUUGUCAAUGCUCAAGCAAGAUACCGCUGAUGGAAAGGAAUGUGUAGAGCGUGUUGUGAAGCGCCUGCAUGCCCUAAGUUUUCACAUGAGAAGCUACUUUUGGCUUGACUUCCAGCAACUAAAUGACAUUUAUCGGUACAAGACAGAAGAGUACUCACAUACUGCAGUAAAUAAGUUUAAUGUUAUUCCGGAUUCAAUUCCAGAUUGGGUGUUUGACUUUAUGCCAACACGAGGUGGCUACUUUAUUGGAAAUGUCAGUCCGGCUCGAAUGGAUUUUCGAUGGUUUGCUCUAGGCAAUUGUGUUGCAAUUCUUUCUUCUUUAGCAACUCCAGAUCAGUCAAUGGCAAUCAUGGAUCUUAUUGAAGCUCGUUGGGAUGAGUUGGUCGGUGAAAUGCCACUAAAAAUUAGUUACCCUGCAAUAGAAAGUCAUGAGUGGCGAAUUGUUACCGGUUGUGAUCCCAAAAAUACCAGAUGGAGUUACCAUAAUGGAGGAUCUUGGCCAGUGCUCCUGUGGCUAGUAACAGCUGCUUGCAUCAAGACAGGGCGACCGCAAAUAGCAAGACGUGCAAUUGAACUUGCUGAGAGUCGUUUGCUGAAGGAUGGAUGGCCUGAAUAUUAUGAUGGUAAACUUGGAAGAUAUGUUGGCAAACAGGCAAGGAAAUACCAAACAUGGUCUAUUGCAGGUUAUCUGGUGGCCAAGAUGAUGCUGGAGGAUCCCUCACACUUGGGGAUGAUUUCCCUUGAAGAAGACAAGCAGAUGAAACCAGUGAUUAAAAGAUCAUCUUCUUGGACUUGCUAA